GGUGACGUGGGGCUGUUUCUGCGGGCACAGCUGCAGCACUUACCGGAGUGGAGGCAGGGCCCAGGCAGCACUGCCCUCCAAGAUCUUCCCUUGGGCUUUUCAGCAGUAAGGGGUCAUGCACCCUAAGGGCCUCCACUUGGCCUGACCUUGCUGCGGGGGCUCUCUGUCCCCAGGAACAGUGGAGAUGGCAAGCUUAUCGAGACCCUCUCUGCCCAGCUGCCUCUGCUCCUUCCUCCUCCUCCUCCUCCUCCUCCUCCUCCUCCAAGUGUCUUCCAGCUAUGCAGGGCAGUUCAGAGUGAUAGGACCAAGGCACCCUAUCCGGGCUCUGGUCGGGGAUGAAGUGGAAUUGCCAUGUCGCAUAUCUCCUGGGAAGAACGCUACAGGCAUGGAGGUGGGGUGGUACCGCCCCCCCUUCUCUAGGGUGGUUCAUCUCUACAGAAACGGCAGGGACCAAGAUGGAGAGCAGGCACCUGAAUAUCGGGGCCGGACAGAGCUGCUGAAAGAUGCUAUUGGUGAGGGAAAGGUGACUCUCAGGAUCCAGAAUGUAAGGUUCUCAGAUGAAGGAGGUUUCACCUGCUUCUUCCGAGAUCAUUCUUACCAAGAGGAGGCAGCAAUGGAAUUGAAAGUAGAAGAUCCUUUCUACUGGGUCAGCCCUGGAGUGCUGGUUCUCCUCGCGGUGCUGCCUGUGCUCCUCCUGCAGAUCACUGUUGGCCUUGUCUUCCUCUGCCUGCAGUACAGACUGAGAGGAAAACUUCGAGCAGAGAUAGAGAAUCUCCACCGGACUUUUGAGUCCUUUGGUGUUCUAGGACCCCAGGUUAAGGAACCAAAAAAGACAGGGCAAUUCCUUGAAGAGCUAAGUAAGUUCUCUUCUCUCUCUUAUAAGCAGAGAAUAAAAAGCCAGGAAAGGGAAACAGAAGCAACAAGAGGAAGAGGGGUCUAUUGUGGGAUCACAUUCCCAGAGGAAAGGAGGAGCUGGAGAGCCUGGGUGGAGGGAAGACUCCUCCUGGGAGGUAGAGGGGAAAGAGGCCAGCUGUUAGAGACACAUUUACAGGUGGCAGAGAAGCUGGAGGCACUCCCAUCUGCCACCUGAUUCAUUCCUCCUUCACUGCCCCUAAGCAGGAAUCUCACCCUAGCUGGUCUCAUUGCCCAUUCCACAGCAACUGCCCAGUGCCUCACCUCUCAGAUCAACCAUUGAGGCAGGAAUAGAGACAAGAUGACCCCAAGGGCUUUUCUUCUCCCUAGUUCAAUGGUUUUAUGAUACAUACUACUGACAUAGGUUUUUCAAGUUAUUUUCUCCUUCUUCUAGGAAAUCCCUUCUGAGUGAUGUCACAUCUUGGCAGGGGUGGAGAAGAGCCUGGUUGCCCAGGGAUUGGUCCUUGGGGACAUCUCAUCCAUCAAGUUGCACACUCACUGGCAUCUUUGCUAUGGGGACAUUCCAAUUUGCACUUUCAGGAACACUCUGAAUUCCAAGUAGAAUUGAUUUCUCUUCUUCUGUCAUCUACCUUUUCUCUUCCUUCAUUUUCCCAUUUUUAUUACCCUUCUUUCCAUUUCUCUCUCCAGUCUUCCACCUGGAAGCCCUCUCUGGCUAAGGACAGGCAGGUGCCCCUCUCUCCAUCAGAGGACACCUGUACUGGAGAGCAACACAGGAUGGUCUCUGCCAUGAACUGGAGGCCAGGAAUCUCCUCACUGAAAAUUACAGUAUGAUAACUUUGCAAAUGGUGGUUGUUUCUUCCAAGACUCCAGCCCUGAUUGCGCAAAACUGAGAGGCAUGUGAAGGGAAGGAAGAGGAAGAGUGCAAAACAUUGAAGAGAGAGCUGAGUGAGCUGAAGAGUGAGGAUAUGGGUAGCUCCAACCCAAACCUGGAGAUGGGGGGAAACCUACAGAAUACUAGCCAGAGCUCCACCUUGUCUUGGUAGCCUACUAGGGACCUGGGGAAGCAAAAAUGAAAGCUGGGCAACAUGCCUGCUUUAGAAUGUUUUCCUUCUACUUACACAUCUUCCACAGGUCUCAGAAUCUUUCCUUCCUCUCAUCCUUUUCCUCCUAUCUUCAUAUCUAUCAGAGUAUCCACUGUUUAUUCAACAACUACUACUUGAUGGUCAGACACAAACAAGCUAGGUGCUAAUUAAUAACGAUACGAGUUUUGGCCAGGCGCGGUGGCUCACGCCUGUAAUCCCAGCACUUCGAGAGGCCGAGGUGGGCGGAUCACGAGGUCAGGAGUUCGAGACCAGCCUGGCCAACAUGGUGAAACCCCAUCUCUACUAAAAAUACAAACAAUUAGCUGGGCAUAGUGGUGGGCGUCUAUAAUCCCAGCUACUCGGGAGGCUGAGGCAGGAGAAUCGCUUGAACCCAGGAGGCGGAGGUUGCAGUGAGCUGAGAUCGUACCACUGCACUCCAGCCGGAGUGACAGAGUAAGACUCUGUCUCAAAUAAAUAAAUAAAUAAAUAAAUAUAAUACAA